AAGGCGUCCCUUAUCUUAGAAAAAUUCCCAAUAAAAAAUAUGCGCCUACGUGAGAGGAGGAGGGAGAAGACGAAGAAGAAGAAGGUGCAGGUGAGGCGGUGGUGAAAGGGUGAAUUCGAACCGAAGGAGAUGGCCAAGGAUACGGCAAUGGAGCUUCCUCCUCGUGACGAUUGCUGCCCUGUCUGCCAUGGCGAUUUCAACCUCCCAUGCCGCACCUCCUGCUCCCACUGGUUCUGUGGAGAGUGCAUAUUGCGUGUAUGGCUACAUGGAGAUGCAAUGAAGCAAUGUAAAUGCCCAAUGUGCUGUCGUCAUUUUUCCAGUCUGGCACCCUUUCAAGCAGCAUUUGACUGUGGCCAGAACCCAGAAUCGGACAAAAUAAUGGAAAGUGUUAGAAGGUACAAUAGGCUGCACAUUGGGGGCAUGCAAGGUCUCAUGCAGAAACUUUUUGAUCUUCCGUUUCUUGUUCGAAUGGCUCUACAAGAUAUGAUGGAUCCUGAUAAAACAAGUUCUUACUUGACUAGAGUGCGCCUCUUUGCAAUGGUACUUGGCAUGAUUUAUGUGCUCAACCCAUUCGAAUUUCUUCCAUUCGCUAAACGAGACAUACUGAACUUGUUUGAUCUCUAUGCGACUACAUUUGUGACCAUCAUCCAUAUUAUUGCGCUGUGCCGUGCAAGGCGUGUAAUCAGGAGAUAAAGUCCUUUCUUGGACAGCAUGCUUGAACAGAAGAUGAAGCACUAGUUGAAUGUGUGUCUGCACCCUGCAGCUGAAGCAACCAUCCUGUGGGGUUCACCGUAGUCAUUAUGUACAUAUUAUUAGGAUCACAGUAAAGAAGGCAUGAGCACCAUGUUUUGAGUGUCGAUGUUGCGUAAGAGAAACAAAUGGGAUGUCUUGGAUCAAUCCCCGUGAUUUUCUACCUUAGGUUGUAUAUAAAGUAGCACUAGCUUCGGAAAAAUCACAAGGCGCGUUUCGUCGUCUUAUUUGAUGACACUUUACAUGUACGUCGUUUUGUUCUGAUUUACCGUGCGCCUGCGUGGUCAUGUAUAUAUGUAUGGGAAUGGGAUUGAAGUUCUUGUAAAUUUUAGUUUGGCUUACAUAUAUGAUGUGGCUCAUUUCUCA